CAGAUUUUGGCCUGUCCACAUUUCUGGGAGGCUCACAGUCAGGGGCAGGGUCUGGGGUGUCAGGGGGCACCCCAGCCUACUUGGCCCCAGAACUAUUGGCUGAUGUAAACCAGAAAGCUACUAUGGCCAGUGAUGUCUACAGCUUUGGGAUCCUAAUGUGGGCAGUGCUUGCAGGAAGAGAAGCUGAGGUACUGAACCAGACAUCAUUGGUGCAGCGAGGUGUGUGUGAGAGCCAGGACCGGCCCCCACUGACAGAGCUGCCCCAGCCUGGCCCUGAGACUCCUGGCCUGGAGGGACUAUUGGAGUUGUUGCAGCGCUGCUGGAGCCAUGAGCCCAAGGACAGGCCUUCCUUCCAAGACUGCCGAACAAACACUGAGAAAGACCUGGUACGAAAUAAAGCUGGUACAAAAAUGGAUGCUGCAGUCUCCACAGUGAAGAAGUUCCUGUCGGAGCAAAGGAGCAGCAACAGGUUGUCUGCCCCUGAGCCAGGCUCAAGGGGGACAGAAAUGGAUGGCCGUGGGGCAAUCCCUGAUUCCAGGGUCUCUGACAUGCUGAAAAACAUGAAUCUGAAAGGGCCCCCCAGCUCUGUUCCUGAAAAAUGUGGAAACCUUCCUGAGAAGAUUGAGGCACAGCAAAAGCAUGUUCCGCAUGCCUGGACAGCAGGGGCGCCUUCGGAUUCAACUGCCCAACUUCCCCCAACUUCAGAGACCUCACCAUUCAGAAACGGGGUGCCCAACCCCACCUCGGCUUGGACCCCAGGUCCUGGACCCCAAAGAACUCAGGGGGCUGAGAGAGGUGGCACCAACUGGCCUCCCAAGGAGCCAGGACCAAGUCCAAUAUUAGGGAUUCGGUUCCUUUCCAUCAAUAACUGCUGUUUCCAAGGAGUGCAGGUUGGAAACAACAACCACAUGGUGAUAUCUGAUGUCUCAGAUGGAGCUGGCAGCACCCCCACCACCACAAGUAGCUUCCAAAGAAGUGCCAGAAGAACAUAAUGCCUGCACUGGGCCACAGGGCCGGUAUCAUAAUGACAGAAAUUGAGGAAGCAUCUAAACUGACUCCUGGACUUGAAGCAACUAGCUGAGGUUUUCUUUGAAGGCCACCAGGCCUGCACCCAAACUGACUUUGUGCCCCCAGGAAUCAAUAAAG